CCGGCUAAGCGCUCUAGCACAGAUGGAGUCGGCCGGCAUGAAGUCGGAGUCUGAAUCACCAUGCCUGCUGUCCGCCAACGUGUUCGCCGUUCUGCAAGGCUUCAAGCAAACGCUCGAACUCGCCCAAAGGCGAUGGAGCUGCCCCCAAAUCCAUCUGCAUCCCGUGGAAGAGGGAAAUCUCGAGGACGUGGGUCCAAUUCCGCUCGUAAUCAGCCUCCUAAGGCUGCCGGACCGAAGAUAAUUGUCCAUUGGACCAGGGCCCAAGAUCUCCACCGCACAGACACUCUCGUGACCCACCUGACCAAUAAUCCUUCCGACGCACGCACUCUUUUCUACGAGGGGAAAAAGACCGCUGGUUCUAGCACUGAGGAGCGUCCCUCUGGCAGGGACAAAGGGGACAUCCAUCGGAUCUUGUCGCAGCUGAUCUUCGAGAAGGACUCCGAAUAUUCAGCGUUAUACGCUGAGGACCCAAAAAAAUUCGAUGUAUCAGUGGGCAACCGCUGCACUGCUCUUAGGAAGUUGUUUAGGGAUCAGCACGAUAAGUUCAACAAGACCGGCGCUGGCGUCACCCCGCUUGACGAACACGCGGCCGCCAAUCUUCACAAACAAGUACUACUCGAGUUCCCUUGGUAUGACCAGCUCCACCCAUUCCUCUUCUCCAAUCCAACAAUCGGCGCGAAGGUCUUCACCUCCCAGCCGGGAGUCGACCACGCUGCAGAUUACUACUCGCUCAUUCCCCCAUCCUCAAAACCCUCAGCCCCCCACCCCCACCCCCCAGACCCCCAGCUGUUUCCCCCAGACCCUCAGCUCCCUCUCCAAAACCAUCAGUCGCUUCCCUCAGACCCUCAGCUCCCUCUCUGGAGCCCACCUGACACUAGCGCUCAGUGCGCUCCUCCAAGCAUUCGGCCUGGUCCCACGGGCGCUCAGCACGCCCCUCCAAAUACUCUGCAUCCCCCCCCCUUCACAGCACCCCCUCAUCAUUUUUCCGGCACUGGGGGCAGUCCAAUCGACGAUCCAGACGGUGACCUCGACGACGACCUCCACGCUGACGAAAACGAUCUUUUUUCUGCCCCCCUUGGCAACGCGCUGGGGAUGUUGGGCGGGGGGGACGCUGACAUGGAUGAUGACGAAGGGAUGGAGCUUGACCCCUCCUGUCGUCGUGUCAUUAGCCUUGACAGUCCCCCCAGGUUGGUGGGACAGAAGCGGCAGUACGCCGCUUCCCCCUCUCCCCCUCCAGUGGACAAACCCAUGUUCCUUCUCCCGUGGAAGCUCCAGACGCCGACAUACCACAGUCGCGAGGCAUUUGGCUCCGCCUCCCCUGGUGGCCAGGUGCCACGUAGACCUUCCUCGUUUGCGUCGUCGUCGGGGAUAUCACGCAGCCGUUCCACUCCCUCGUCCACGGCAUCUUCGUCCUUUGCAUCGACCGACUAUUGUGCAUCGCCAACGGCAUCCCAGACGUCGCUGUCUGCGAAGCCGCGGAGCUCGGCCAGCUCGAAGAAGAAGCGAUCCUCCGUAGUGGACAUGGCGGAUGACCUCAACAUCAUCAACGAGGACAUCCGGAGCAUGAAGACCGACAUCUCCGAGCGCCGGGAGUCGAGGAACGAGCGCUAUGCCAUCAAGAUGAACUACCAAGCGCAGAAGAAGGAUCUUCAGUGGCGCCGUGAAAGUCUUUCACACGAAGUCCUCAUUUCGGCCACCACGCAUCAACGCGAGCAAGAGGCCAAGGACAAGGAGAUUCAGCGCCUCCAGGCUGCAGCUGCCCUGCAGGAAAAGGAGGCUGAGACCUGGCGCCUUAGGAUCCAAUAUGAGAUGAUGAUCCGUACCGCAGGUGCUGGUCCCUCAUCCUCGUCACCAUCAGCCUGA